CACACACCUGGCACUCGCGGCACGCAACGAAAAGCAACGGUUAAGCGCGGUUGCAGCAGACCAAACGGCGAUUCUAUGAAGAUGGAAGUGCUCUCAGUACAAAAUCACAUUCAGGGAAAAUUCGGUGUUAACAAAAUCAAAGCAGACUGGCCGAGUUCAGGCGUUGCAUCCACCGCGUCGCAUCAGCUGGAGGGAGAGGAGCACGCGGCAGACGUCGACGCCGCACUGGACGCAGACGUUGUGGACGGGCAUCCCGCUUCCGUGCUGCACAUGCGACAGCACCAGGCACUCAACACGCGGCCGACGGUGCCGAUGGCACCCCCAGUGGCCGGCUCUGGGAAGCAGUCCGCGGUGGCCGCCAGCUUCGACGUGGUCAAUGGCAGCUCUGCUGCCUACCACCACGCCUACAUGACCAACGUGCUGGCCAGCACCGCCCACCAUCCGGGACAUGGCCACGGACCUGGGCCCAGCCCCAUGCCGGCUUCGCCACUGCAAUCGACGGCCGGGGCUCGCUUUGGGGCCGCCGACAACAUGGACGACGUGAGCGCCAGCGCCGUGCGGGACCUGUCGCAGAAGCUGCAGUGCCAGCUGCGUGACGCCAAGCAGCGCCACCUGGCCUGCACCGAGGUGAACCUGCCCGCUGAUCUCACGGAGCGCAUUGCCGCCGAGAUUAUUCGCAUGUCGGACCGGGAGCCAUGUGGCGAGCGCGCCUGCACGCUCUUCAUUGAGUUUGAGAGCGAGCCGAACAAAGUCAGGCGCAUUGCCUCGUUCAAAGUGGACCCAGACACUGUGUCAAUCUUCGAGCUGUACUUGACACUGAAGCAGGACAAUAGCGGCUGGACCUCGAAGCUGCCACAGUUUCUCAAAAAUCUCACACGUAGCAACACCAUCAACAUCAGUCCCGAUUUCACACUGACCAAGAACAAGCUAUACUCAUCGGAGUGAGGCAGCCGCAGGGACAUGGACGGGGACGUGGGUGUGGAUGUGUGGACACAGAGGCGCUACUCAAUACUCAAUCCCUCCGAACAACAGUAACAGCAGCCGAAAAGCCGUAGUAGCAGCAGCACUGACCCCCGUCCACACUCGCGUCCACGUCCCUGUUUGCAUGGGGUGCACAGGAACGCGCAUGGAAGGCGUUCCAUCAAAGAUCUUCAUCCUGAUUAUUCAGGAAACGUUUAACCGUAGAGGCAACAACUUUGGACCACAACUAUCAACCAAUCAACCAAUCCUGCAAGCAACAAAUCAACAAAACAAAAACAAAACUCAACUCUAACCAACAAUUAUUUUGAAAAAACCUCCUCUAGAGGAAGAAAAACCCAACAAACAAACAAAAACAAACAAAUCAACUGCAGUUGCAGGCAACUCAAAACUCUUAUUGGACUGACUUUUGGCUUAAAAAAAGGUACUUUUUGGAAAAUAUAAAUCGAAAAAUUAUAAAAAGAGGAGGAACGGCCGCAAGGACGGACGGGCGGCACACAAAAAACCAUAAGAAAAAUAUUCAAAAUAUUGUAAAAAAAAGAUGCAAACUGUCAGAGAGUAAAAUAACUUCACUCAGUGAGCGGUUGUCGGGGACCCGUUUCGAGCAGAAGGGCAAAAUUCAACCCCACACGUAGACGGGAUCAUAGAGUAUUUACUAGUGUACGGAUGUGCAUACCAUCAUCAUCGCAGACACUGAUAAACAACAGAUCUUUAUAAACCAGAACGAGAGAAAAACAAUAAGCAGAAGAGCUCCACGGCGAGGGGUCGCAGGGGAGGUAAUGCAUAAUAACAAAUGAAAAAAAAACAAAGUUGAUGUGAUAUUAUAUAAUAAUUAUGAAUAUUGAAAAAAAACGCAUACAAAACACACGAACAUUAAGCAAAAACAUGAACCCAAACACGUACACACACAGAAAGAAAAACCAACUAGAGAUUCGGAAAAUCAUAGUUUGGAGAGUAUUAAAAAAGAAAGUAAAAAUGUCCAUCCGAUUGGUUACGCCCAAAAGCGAAAACCAGCUGCCGGAUGGACAGAGAGACAGAGAGGGAGAGUUAAAUCCAAACCAACAAUAGAACCAACUGGAAUUCUCAAACAAUAUUUCCACCAAUUACGAUUAAUCUUUGUAUUAUUAUUUUAAUCAAUACUAUAAAUAAUUAUGUUUGCGCGCAAAGUUUCAAACUUUGCUAUAGAGAUCGCAGCAACCCCAUAGAGGGCAGCUGCAUAUAACAAAUAUAUAUAUAUAGAUACAUAUAUAUGUAUAUAUGGAAGAUAAAAUAUUUCUAAUAUUCGAUGUGUUUCUAGUUUUUAAGAUUUUAAUAUUAAAAAAACAAGCAAUGUCGAAAAUCCAGCAGAAAAAUUCAUUCAAUGUGCGUAGCUGUGUGUUUAUCCGUAGUUUAGUUAAUAAAAACCAAUUGCAACACAACACAACAAUGAGGCGAUCAAUGUCGGUUCCAAAACAACCCAGAUAUUAACCUAUGUACAUGUAUGGAUAACUUUCGGCUAGAUAGUUGGCAAAACGAAUUGUUUUUUGGAUUACAAAUGAUCGGAGAGCAGUGAAAUUAUUUAUAAAAAAA